GCUUUCUUUUAAGAAAGGACGCAAUUACCAAAAGCCUUCUGACGUUAUUACGAAAAAUUACAUACAAGUAGAAAACGAAUUUGCAAAUUUUCAAAGUUUCUCUAGUCCAAGUGACUGACUGAGGUAAAAGAUUACGAAUUCUUUGCUUAAAUAUUGGUUACCCAGGCAAAUUUGCAUGACAUUUACCUCUAAUCAUUUCUUUUACUUCACAAGGGCACUUGAUUGUAUAGCAUCACGCCAGUGGCUUAACUUUCUUUCAAGAAAGGACUCCAUUACCAAAAGCCUUUUAAAUUACGAAAAAUGGUGUACAAGUCAAAAACGGAUUUGAAAUUUUCCAAGUUCCUCAAGUCUAAGUGGCUUACUGAUGUGAAAGAUUACGAACUGAAGAAAAGAACCAUUGUGGUCAACAUUUCCAACACAGAUGCAACUGUCUCGGGGCCGGAACCUCGCAAAGUUUUGCAGCCGAGAAAAUCCACAAUUUUGGAAGGUGUGAAAGUUAUUAGUGCCGAGUCCCUCGUGCUCAUCGAGGUCCCAGACGAUAUCAACAUCGGUGGCUGUGUUCUGGAAGACGGCUGGUGUCAGCUGACAGCGCAGGACCCAACUUACCCGAAGGAAGUUCCGUUGUACAAGUCCCCACAGUUUGAUGUUGGGUCCGUUGGAUUUGAUCCAUACUCGGCAACCGGGACCAUAAAGACAGGCUCAACUGGUAACACUGUGAAAAAGUUUAACAUUAAAGUGAAUGUGUGGUUCUGCCCGGCUAAAACCAACUGCGGGAUUCACAACGUACACACUGACCCAGAAAUGCUAGAGGUCCACACCCAGAUAUAUGGCACAGGUAGAAUGCAGAAAUUCCGCUCCAAUGACUUCAAAAGCAUUUAUGAAGAUGUGCUUAUGGCACCUGGAUUUACCCAUAAUCCUUUUGCUGGCGUCAAGGACAACGGCGAUAUCUUCUACGGUUGGCACCAGUACUACUCUGAUACUGAUUGUAUCUGGAUGGCCAUCGAAUACCAUCCGGCAUAAUUCGCUUCAUACUCGGCAAUCUUCGGCAAAUAUCGGGCCGGUUGAUGACAAUGUUUAAAUACAUCGUUGAUGUUUGAAUGCGAUUAAAAAUUCUUGACAAUCGGGUGAAAAAUUACUCGCUUUAAAAUGUUUGAUAUGUAAGUUUUUUUUUUUCGUUAAAGUUGUUUUCGACAAGAAUAUAGUUUUUAAGAGACACUUCUGGGCGAUGAAAAGCACGAAACCAUUUACUGCUGAAUGUUGACCGGGACGGGAGGGAAAAGGCUCUGUAAUAUUUCUACGACCCCGUCCCCCACUGGCCGUGAAUUGGCGGUCAACUUUCUGUAGUCCCCUCCCUUAUACUUUGUUGGCGAGAACUAAUCCUCCUUCUGUCCCCCCUGAAAACCAUGUAAUCUCCCCAAAAUUUUCCGGCCCCCCUUCCCUCCCCCCUCACACCCCGAUAAACAAUGACAGGUCCCUUACACAUCUCCUAGCCCGGUGUACACAAUAUUUACU